UUAACACUCGAAUCAAACUAUAAAAUCGAAACUCUUGAUAUACAAUAUAUAUAUAAAAAAGAGGUUGAAGACGAUGAAAAGAAAGCUUGUUAUUAAUCUCCAGUUUAACUGUAAAAAUAUGUUACAUUAAGCUUAUAUGGUUAGCUUAAGUAUCACUUAACUUAUACUAAAAAAAGGUAUCACUUAAUCAGUUCAACUUAAUAACUGAUAUAAACUAGUAAACGAGACUUAUACAUCAUAAUAAAGUUAUCAUAAAAAUCAUUAAUAACUAUUGGUUUAUUUUUGUGAUACAAGCAGUUAUCUAGUUAAAUAAGGAGGCACAUGCUAAGUGUGCUUGCUUGGUCGUGGUUCCGUGGUGGAACUUUCCGUAGAGAUCAGCUUUCAACUCCAAUAAUAUGAGGCAUGCUUCGCUUUCUCGAUCAAUCUUGCUUCCAGGGCUGAUUUGCUUCAUCUCUUUUGAAUUGAAUGUUGUUUUCUCUAUGGUUUUUAGUUAAUCUUUUCCUUCUUCGUAUAAGUUAGUCUAUGGGAGUAACCUUUGGCGACUUUGUGUAAGCAACGUUUAUAAUUAAUCUUAAUCCAACAGAUGACAAAAAAAGGAGGCACAUGCUAAAACAAAUAGUUCGAAUGACAUGAACCUUUAGCCAUAAUCUAAAUAAUGGCUGAAACAGAUCCACCAAAAUAUAACCACGGGUGAACCAGAGAAAUGGGAGACGAGACUGAGCUAAAGAACAUAAUCACCGGAAUAUCCUCUUAAACAAAUUCCACCAAAAAAGCUUGACGAGAAAGCGAUACAAGCUCACUAGCAUCAACAACGAAGGUUACACAUUAGGAACUAAAAAGCAACAAAGAUGAAUAACCAAACGUGAACAAACAUUCACAAAAACAUUAAUGAGGAGGGAGGAAAGGCAGGAUAACCAUGAUCCGUAACUGAGUAUUUAGCUGAUAGUUGGUUUUCCUUCUUCUAGGGUUUUGUCUACCUCUUUUGGACGCUUGAUUAUGGUAUUUAGCCGAUUUAGAUAACAGUUCAAAGAAUCAAAAUAGCCACUUUUGUAUUCUCAGUGAUGUAAUCUUCAAUUCUAUCUAAUAAUAAUAACACCAGAUGAAUAAAAUUAAAAUAAAAUAAAGAGGCACAUGACAUUAAGACAUUUUAUAGAUGAAAUUAAAUGUCACGACCGUAUGUACGAAAAGUCGAAUACAACCUCCGUGACAACCUAUUGCUCAGCUCGGUCCUGAUUACAUUUUCAUGAAACGGUUCAACAGGGUUUCUGUUUGGUUGCAGGGUUCCACAAUUCUAAAAGUUUCAGUUAUAUAUAUAUAUGUGUAGUACAUAUAAUACCCCUAUAUAUUAAAUAAAAUUAAUAAUAAAAAUUAAGAUGUUUACUCACUUUCAUGUAAUUUUAUUUUUAGUUUAGUUAUCUUUAGAUUUUUAAAUAAAAACUAUUUUCCUUAAAUAUAUAAAACUAUAAUAUUAAAAAUAUGAUUCAUGCUAAUUUUGAAUAAGACCUAAUAUUCCAGGUACGGCCUUGCCUAAUGUACUGAAGUAUAAAAGUAAUAAUAAGUGGUGCCAUAGUUAUGCAUUUACAAAAUCGAAAGACAUAUCACUGUAACCAAGAUUUGCUAUGAGAUAUACAAUUCUCUCCGCCAAAUAUGCAGCCCACUAUUAUAAGCAAGUCAGCUCAGCCAAAAAUAAAUUCGAAAACAAAAAAAAAAUGAAGUCAAAAGCUCAAGAGUUCUCAUUUUAUUAUAUUGUUUUUUGGGUGUAAAUGUUUAUAUUUUAUUACAUUGUUAUACAUCUAAUCUUUGGUAUAUAAUCACCAACCAUCUUGUUAUUCUAAUUUCUUCAUCUUCACAAUCUUAAUUCAUACAUAUAUCUUACGAGUUUCCAGAGGGGAAAAUAUCAUCUUAUGUAAAACAAAAUGAUGGGAAAAAGAAUUGCUUCAUUCAAGAACUUAGCCAAGAAAGUGAAGAGGAUCAAAACUAGAGAACGCGGCUCCGAGUAUGUUCUGCUCGGUGAGGGGGACGACAUUUCUCCGACGAAGACAUCUACGGGAACGUUUCCGGUGUAUGUAGGAGAAGAGCGCGUGAGGCAGGUGGUGCCGAUGAGCUACUUGAAUCACCUUAUUUUUAGGAUGCUCCUCGACAAGUCACGUGACGAGUUUCACUGUUCCGACCAGAAAGUUAUGUUGGUCGUCCCUUGUAGCCUCUCGGCUUUUCAAGACGUCGUUAAUGCCAUCGAGUCUUGUAGUGGUAAUUUCGAUCUCGGAGAUUUUGUUGAGGAGCUUCUUUGAAUUUUAACUAAUUCUUCUUGAUCAUUUUCUUUUCGUUUUGAUAAAUAAAUUUUGUAUUGCUUGCCUAUCUAGGAAAAGAUACAAUCAUUUUUUGUCAACAAAUAAUAACAAGUUUUUUUUGGGUAAAAUAAUAAUAAUCAGUUUUUGUCAAUAUAAAUGAUCAUUUUAACAGAUAUAACACUUUUUUUUGUCAACAGAUAUAAUCAUUUAUAGGACUGAUUGUGAAAUUUGUGAUUGUAAUACAUGAAUACAGGUUAUAGUGACGAACCCCUUAGUUGCGUGGUGUGGAUAUUUUCUCUCGUAGAAUUUGUAUUACAUCACAUUUUAAAUCGUCAUCAUCAUCACCAAUGUAUUUAAUUUAUUUUAAUAGUUUAUAUUUAUUUAUAUUUCAUAAUUAUUAUUUAAUUUAAGAGUAAAUUAGCUCAAUAUACUUAAAAGGGUGAGAUACCAUGCAAAUGGGGGAAAAUGGUAAUGAUGGGGGGAAGAAAAUUGGAGGGAUUUAGAGUAUAGAGUGCAAAUAGGGGAUAUUUGGUGUGUAGGGAGUACAAAUUCUCUUAAUUUAAUUGGUUUUUGGCUUAUUUUAUGAUUAAAAUAGUAACAAUUUUUAAAUAAAAAUAAUUGUUAGUCCAACAAAAAAAUAUAAUGUCAUCACAUUUUUCUGCAAGUAAAUAGUAUCUGCCAUGUUUAACAAGUAAAUUAUUAUGUUGAUAAAAUUACUUUCAUAGUUUAAACUGUUAAUUUUUUGGGCAUGAGUGUUUUAAAAUAUUUUCUUUUCCAAUUUAAUGUUUUUAAAAUGAUAUGAUUUGAGUUUUCUUUAGGUCACAUGCAUUAUAUUGCAAUAAAAAAAUUCUACGUUAACAACUAAAAUAAAAAUCCAUAGCCACACAUACUUUGUCAAAAUCACAAAACUCUACUACUAUAUCUCAUGUAAAGUUUUUCAUAAUUGGUGUAUAAUUAAUGAUUUUUUUUUUUGUCGAAAAGAAGGUUGAAACUUGACCAUUGGGCCUAAAUGGGCUGAUCGGUAAGUAAUGGCCUUCUUUAUCGAAUGGCUAAGUGUGUCAAAUGGGCUAAAAUCAUAUUAGUAAACAAAUAUUAAUUUUAAUUU